CGCCGCCGCACUCCCCGGCCAUCCCUCGCGCUGAGCACACGCGCCGCGCUCCUCCGUCGUGUCGGCUCUCGAACUCGCCCGACCCGAACCUGUCCGUUUUUAGUGCUCUUCGGGGAAAUUGGUUGCCUUUUGGUGGAAGGUUUCUGGUCUUCACGUAGCUUGCUAUGAGAACUGGACGAAAAUACGAAUAUUUGGGAGAUGUGUUUGCAUUUGUGGUGAACUCUGAACAUCUUGAGGAACAUAUCGAGUUACAUGCGUCGCGGCUUGAGAGAACGACCAUCUUCGCGACCGACUUCAACGCGACCUUUAAUUGAGGGAAGAGGAACUUCAGCAGUCUGGUCGUUCUUGAGAUCAGCUUCAUUUAAGAUUUCGCCUCGAAGGACAAGCAACGCAAGCAGCAGAAAAGCAACAAGCCCAGCAAACAAGAUGAAGACGAUCACGUGGGCGUUCGCGUGGGCGCUUCUGGCCGCGUGGGCGUGUCCUACGAGCCACGCCUCCUCGCCCAUCAGGAUCUCCGCCUACCCCUACACGGGCUUCGGCAGGAGGCUCCCCGUGGAUCCGUCGGAGAAGGAGAGACCGAGGCGGAAUGCGACCUUCGUGGUGCCUAACUCCCAGGUCGGCAUCCCGGGGACCAACACAACCGAAGAAAAGGAAUUCGAAGAACAGACGAGUGCGAACGACGCAGAAGGAGACGCCGGAGAAGGACCUUCGUCAGGAGAAGACGAGGGAGAGACGGCGAGAGCAGGAGAGGAAGGGGAGGAGCGAGAGGGACGAGAGGAGAGCGUUUUGUCGGUGAACAGGAUGGGGAUUCCUGCGAGAGUGAGCAGGAGGAAGCUUCCUACGAGGCCGCGCGGACCCACGCCUCGGAUAGCCAAGCCUCAGGAAGAGACGACCCACCGCAACCUGCCUCGGCCGCCCUCCAUCCGCCCUCCUGCCAUCCCCGAAGCCGAUGGUUUCGGGCCGCCCUCCACGCCCUUGGGAGCGGUUAAGCCUCCUGCGCCGCCCGUUGGCCUUCCGCCCUCUACGCCCCCGCCCACUCUAAUUGGAACCACCUUCGGUCCACCUGCUAUACCCAUUCCCAUUAGCUCUCCUUCCCCUCCGCCGGGCGCCGACAGGACCCAGGUCACAGACAUCAAAUGCAUCGACACGGGCUCUGCGAGCUCCUUCAUGGCGGUCCUCAACCUCCCCGUCGGCUACAACGCCAUUCCCGUAUUCGAGGACCGCCCUACCGUGGACCCCACCAUCAACACGGCCUGCAGGAUGAUCCCGACGCAGAUCACAAACGACAUGUUCCAGCUGGUUGUGCGGGACCUGGAGCGAUGCGGCGUCCAGCGUUGCCGUCAGCCGAAUGGCGAAACGUGGUUGUGUCUCAACCUGAGGUUCCCGCUGGUGAAUGGCCUGAAGCUCCCGGAGGACGAGAUCAUCCAAAUCAAGUGUCGGCCGCAGGACAAGAUGGCCCAAGACACGCAUGUGCUGACGGUAGCCACGGCAAUCAAGCAUCCCAGCGACCCUUCUGUGUUCGAGGGCGGCCAGCAGGAGUUCAUGUGCGAGAUCGGCCUCUUCAGGAAGCUCCGUGGCACCAACCUCUUCGCCGACCAGGUCACGUCACAGGUGGAGCUCGAGCUGGGCGAGGAGGUGCAGCUCCGCUCCAUCGUGCGCAACGGAGACGGCUGGCAGUACAGUCGGUUGACCACGAUCAUCAUCCAGAAAGUGGGCGCGCCGAGGGAGAGGUCACUGCUGAGUGCCGCUGACCUCGUCUUCGCCGACGGCUGCAGGAACCCCACGUACAGGCUGAUCGCCCGCGAGCACCCGAAGCGAGACCCGAGGAACCCGCUCAUCAACAACUUCACCUUCAGAGUCUUCAUGUUCCAAGACAUGGAGGUCGGAGACAACCUCAUGAUCACCGCCAACGUCAUCGGCUGCGUCGAUGCGGAGGACUGUGCGGCGGUGAACUGCGAGGGCGAACUCGGUGAGGACACCCUGGGCUUCGGCAAGAGAAAGAAGCGCGAGGUGCGCCACUUCAGCUUCACCAAAAUCAUCCCCGCGUCGGAGAUCCUCGGCUCCUCGCCCCCCUACCCGCCCACGCCCUCCCCCAGCCUCCGGGUCCGGCGAGCCUCCCCCGCCCACAAGCCGCACAAGAACACGACGUCAUGGGAGAGGAACCUGGCCAUCAAGGUCAGAAUUCCAGAAACGCCAGUUCUUCAGAAAUCCGUCGACUCAGAGGAAUGUCGGCUGUACCUGUUCAUCACCCUGGGCGUCGCCGGCGUCUUUUGCAUCUCCUCCGUCGUGUUCGUCGUGUUCACUCUCCUCCGCGGGCGCUCGUCCUCCAAGAAGGUCGGCCAGUCCGUUCCGGUGGCGCCCGUGGCCAUGAGCCCGCACAUGUCGCCCAAAUUCUCGUCCACAGCCUCCACGUGCUCUUCGUCCCUGCCUUCGCUGAAGGAGUCCGAGGUGAGCGCCGUCGUCUCGCCCCUCAGGGACUUCCCCGUCCCCCCCACCGUCAGGCAGCGGAAGCGCGACCUCAACGCCGAGCUUCUGAACGUGUUCGGCGGCGACCAGGCCUUCCCCUACGGCUCGCACUACCCGGGCAUGUUCAACUACUACGGCUACAUGGUGGUUCCUCGGAAGGCCUCGGAGAAGGCGGACAAGAAGUCCCUCCGGGCGCUCAAGAAGAGGCAGCGGAAGGAGCGGUCCGAGACGACCUGCCAGUGCGCAGCGGGCCGCUGGGAGGCCGACGACCGCGACGCCGACAUCUCGACCGAAAACCACAAGGCCAUCAUCCGGAUCUCUUCGUCGUCGUCGGAUUCGGACACCGUCCCGACGCCUUGCCUGAGCCACCGUCCGAAACCGAUGCCGCGGAUGAAGAAAGAAAACGAAUACGAUAACAUUUACAGUGAAAUAUCAGUAGACGAAGAGCCUACCAUGGUCUGAGGGCCGAGGGGCGGUGCCGUUAGGACAAUUUGUACAUACUUGUGGAGGCGGAGGCAGGGAUUACUCACUAGAUACGCCCGCAAGGUUCGAGUUCGAUUUCCACGACGGCGUCUGGUGAUUGCUUCAGUAAGUCAAAUACUUUCCUCUGGGCUUUUUACGGAUGACCAAAAAUAGUCUAAUCCCCCUACUCUCAGACAGCGAAUGUUUCGAACGGAAACCUGGUCCGACAUGCCUCCGGGACGCCAAGGAUGCUGCAGAAGGCCGCUCCGUCGCUGACUGUUGCAGGGGCCUGGGUCAUUUAUCUUAAGGAUUCCUAACAUGUUUAGCGUUAAGCGUAUCAGCUCCUGCAGGGUGUUGUACGGAGGGCGUUCAUUUCUUAAUUUCUUAAUUUGUAAUGCUGAAAUGUUUUACACAUAGAUAAAUAAAUAAAUAAAUAUACGUGUGUGUAUAUGUAUAUAUA